GUAUUAUUAUCUGAAGAUAUGAAACUAUAUUAUUAUCUGAAGAUAUGAAAGUGUAUUAUUGUGUGUUCCAGCUCUUCUCCGUGUGGUUCAGGUGUAUGUGUUUGGAUCAGUCGGUGUAGUUUUCCUGAACGCUGUUGCUCUGAUGACUGAACUGAUCCUGAGAACAGUUAAUGGAGUAGGAGCCGUUGGAGAUAUGAGGAUCGUCGUGUUUUCCUCUGAAAUCCUCUUCACUUUAUUUCUCAUGAUUUUAAUGAUAUUUGAACCCUGGAUCAAACCGUGUCUACAGUCAUGUCAGAAGGCAAUGAAGUCUCGUCGAUCUCAGAUCCAGAACCAGAACCAGGACCAGAACCAGGACCAAAUCCAGAACCAGGACCAGAUCCAGAACCAGGACCAGGACCAGAACCAGGACCAAAUCCAGGACCAGAUCCAGAACCAGGACCAGAACCAGAUUCAGAACCAAGACCAGAUCCAGAACCAAGACCAGAUCCAGAAUCAAAACCAAAACCAGAACCAGGACCAGGACCAGAACCCAGCAGGAUCUCAUUAG